AUGAGUUUAUUUGUGUUUAGUAUUAUUGCAUCUUUAUUAUUGAUUUCUGUAGUCAAAACAGAAGAAUCACAAUAUGAAAUUGAUCCAAAUGGUUAUAUUACUUUUUGUUUAUGUAUGGGACGAUUAGGAAAUCAAGUUGAACAUUUUCUUGGUGGUUUAGCAUUUGCAAAAUUAUUAAAUCGAACAUUAAUUGUUCCACCUUUGCGAACAAAUAAGAAUGUUCCGUAUUCUGAAUGGUUUCAAAUUGAAUCUCUUCGUGCUUAUCAUCGUGUAAUUGAUGCUCAAGAUUUUAUGCAAGAACUUGCUCCUCAUGUAUGGCCACCGGAAUCUCGCAUUGGUUUUUGUUGGUUACCAAAUAAUAAACCAAAAUCUGAAUGUAAAAUGAAAGAAGGAAAUCCAUUUGGACCAUUUUGGAAUGAAUUGCAUAUUGAUUUUGUUGAUACAGUCGCACAUAAUCUUAAUUAUGAUUCUAAUUCAAUUGAUCAAUGGAACAAAUUAUAUUCAUCAGAUCGUUAUCCUGUUAUAGCUUUAAAAGGUGCACCAGCUCCAUUUCCAAUGAAAGCUCAAUAUCGUUAUUUACAAAAAUAUAUGAAUUGGUCAAAUACAAUUAUAAAUGAAGUUCAACAAUAUCAACAAAAUCUAUUUAAUAAUACACCUUAUAUCGGAAUUCAUCUACGAAAUGAUAAUGAUUGGGAAAAAGCUUGUGCUGAUGUUGAAUCAUAUAAAUCUCGUUCAUAUAUGGCUUCACCACAAUGUUUAGAUCUUCCAUCUUCAACACAUACAUAUGUUACUCAUAAAAUAUGUUAUCCAUCUGAUAAUGAUAUUUUACGUUUAUUAAAAAAUAUUAUUCUUCGUACACGUAUACAUAAUAUUUAUGUUGCAACUGAUAAACGACCCAUGAUUAAAGAAAUUCAAGAAUAUUUAUCAGCACAACGUGUACAUGUUAAACAUCUUGAUCCAUGGUUACCUAUUAUUGAUGUAGCAAUGUUAGCACAUGCGAAUUAUUUUAUCGGUAAUUGUGUGUCAUCAUUUACAUCAUUUGUUAAACGUGCAAGAGAUGUACAAAAUUUGCCAACUGCUUUUUGGGGUUUUAGUAAUUAA